AUUUCUCUAAUGAUUAUUUCGAUUUACGCCAAGCACCAAGACUACGGAAUCUCUCAACAGCUAGUGAACCAAUACUAUAAAUUAGUAGAAGAAAGUUUCCAUUGCGUAACUGACGAAAUUCAAGAAGAAUUUAACGAACUUGAAAAUGACUUCCAACGGGUUGAAUACGUCAUGACUCUCUUGCAGAUCCCUGCCAAAGGUCAGAGUCUCGUAGAUGCCCUUGAUAUAAACCAUGCAAAACGGAUUCUGCAAUUGGAGAAUAAUAAAAAUGAUUUUCUUUCAAUACUAUUUCUCAAGCACGGAGCCGAGGCGAUGAAAAAGAACGAUAUAUACUUAACACUUUACGAUUACACAAAAGCCGUUUUUCAUGCUGCUACUAAUAUACAGCUCGCUCUGGCUCUUGCUCACAGAGCUGAACAGCUUUUUUCUUUGGGAUUAAUUAGUGAAGCAAAGCAUGACUCAAAAAGAGCACUUAAGGUGAGUAUUACGUUCAACUUAAUAAUUCAAAUAUUUCUCAAUCCAGGUGAAAUUCUGGCUGUAGUAAAACCAUAUUCAGGUCCUCUGUCUGCAAAUUUGACCAAAUACUGUUUUGUUUGCCUCAGGAGGUGCCACAGUCUUAUUCCUUGCAAGAAUUGUGCCAACGUAAGUUUAAUUAUGGGUCGUAUAUAUAUUAUGCGAACACUUAACAAAUUUUAUUGUCUUUUUUUUACAAAUUUCUUCAAGAAUGGAAAAUCGCAUGCCGCAUUUUAUGGAAUUAAUGAAACCCGAACUGCUGAACAGAAUCUAUGGCGUUCGUCGGAUUACGCCUCCAUUGCGUGGUUACACCCUGGCACCGACAACUGGAAGAAAGCGAAGGGGCGGUAUGGAUCAAUGCUUUUCGAUUUCACCAUCGCGUCAAUCUUCCUCACCUACUGUCUCUACGUAUGCUACUUAUUAACUUGUCAAAGUUCUCUAUUUCAUAGAACCACUAAACCCAUUUCGUUAAUUCGUUGCGCUACAAGAUUUGAGUUUCCUAUUUCCUCUUGGAUGCCCCAUAGUAUUGGACUUCUAACCGUGAAAUCUUUGGUGGCUAUGUUCGAAGGGGGUGCUUUUGUACUCAGGAACAAGAUGGAGUUUCUGGAACAUACCUUUGUCCUAGAUAUUGGUGGCUACCCAAUGGACUGGUAUGCUUCGAGAAAUGUUUACCCAACCAACCAUUUACCAUCUCAACCUCCAGCGAUUUGGAUUGCAGCAUGUUUUCUCUACCAUUUUCAAGCCACAGCUAUCAAUUCAUUCAGAGUCAACGAUUUCAUUUAUUGGGACGAUUCUAAAAUGCGUGAAUACCUUACUUGCAGUAUUUAUCCACCAAUAUCUCUUAUCAACCACUCCUGCUACCCGUCAGCUGAUUACUAUUUUACAACUGAUGGAGCCCUGGUUCUUAUGUUAACUAGAAGUUUGGAAAAAGGAAGGGAAAUUACAAUUACUUAUAGUGGGACAUAUUUCGAAGAAGAUACUCAAAGCCGCAGAAAGUUUCUUAAAACUAGUUUCUUUUUUAAAUGUAUGUGCGAGGCCUGUCAAGAUGAAUGGAAUGAGGACAAUCCUCAGGAGUUGAUUAGGUGUUCUGGCUGUCAUUUCGAAUCUGGGCUAACUACAACCCAUUGCCCAAUAUGUAAAUCAAGUCUUCCCAUACUUGAAGGUCAAAGGGUUAUUACUAAUUCUCAGGCAUUGGCAGAGGAGAUGAUCUACGAAACAUGGAACAAUAAAAUACAAAAACGCUUUGCAUUCUUAAAUGACAAGGCUAACUCACUUCUUGCACCUCCCAGUAAAACUAUAUCUCUACUAACAAAUGCCUUUCUUGAUAAAAUGGAGGAAAAGAUGGCCAUGUGGACUGAAGAGCCGUGGCAUUUAAAUUUUUUCGCUUUCACGGGAUUUGGAAAGUCGAUGUUUUCAGUAAAAGACAGAUGGGAUUUACUAGCUUAA